CAGGAAACGGUUUAUUUUGGAAAACAGGUCCAGGGAUAAGUGAGAUAAGGUUGCUUGUAUUUGUCUCUUGGAUUCCCCCCUUAACCCCUCCCUCUAUCUUCUUCUUCUUCUUUCUUGUAAUCUGCCAUUUUUACACUUGUUCAAGAAUUCAAGAAAAUUGUAAACAGUCUGCCAUGUCAGCUUUGAAUCUCGUCUCUUUGGGUGGCCAGCUGCUGAAUUCCCCCACCCACAAACCCCUCAAAUCUUUCCUACUCCCACCAACUAAACCCUUCUUCAAAUCUCCAAACCCCAUCACCACCACCACCACCUGGAAAUCAACCACCGCCGUGAGAACAGCCGUCGCCGCCGUCGAUUCCUCCGGCCCCACCGAAAAGGUGGUGGUGGAGGAAGAAGGCGGUGGUGGGAGGAAGAAGUACCAUUUUCUAGUGGCGAAUGCCAAGUUCAUGUUGGAUGAGGAAGAGCAUUUCCAAGAACAAUUGGCCGAGCGUCUCCGUUAUUACGGAGAAAAAAACAAGGAGCUCGAUUUCUGGCUCGUAAUCGAACCCAAAUUCUUGGACAAGUUCCCUAAUAUCACCAAGAGACUCAAAAGGCCCGCCGUUGCUCUCGUUUCCACUAACGCCACUUGGAUCACGUUCAUGAAGUUGAGACUAGAUCGAGUCUUGCAAGAGAGCUUCGAAGCAGAGAGUCUAGAAGAAGCUGUGGCUUCAAAUCCGGUUAAUCUCGAGUUUGAAAAACCGGAGAAAUGGACGGCUCCUUAUCCCAAGUACGAGUACGGGUGGUGGGAGACAUUUCUUGCCCCCGUGGCAUCAAAGGUAUGACGUGGCGGUGGAAUGUUUUCGAUUUUUUUUGUAAGUGUGCUUUUUAUCUUUUUUAUUUUUAUUAGUAGCUUGUGUUUUUUGUUAGUUUAAGAGAUGCUUUAUAUGUCGAUUCGUUUGUAGAGGUGCAGAGCGAAAAAUGCAUGUCUUUUUUUAAGACAAUCGAGAUUUGUUCUAUAAUCUAAGUAUAUUGAAUGAAAUAUUAAUGCUCUC